UUCACCGUGGUGGGUCGGAUCCGUUCUGUCCCCGGUCUGGCACGUUCCUAGCUAAAUUAUCCACGGUGUGAGAUUGGAUCCCCCCUUCCCUAUUUUACUGACCCCCACUCCCCAAAAUAUCACAAAUUUAAUUCCCUGCAUCCGCGUCUACAUUGGCUUUCAGCACACUCCUCCAAAUCUUUAUUAGGCACAUUGGAAGAUGGCGGUGGUAAGCGGGAUGUCGGGGUCGGCGAUAGCCCGGCUGGAGGGCCGAGAAUUCGAGUAUCUGAUGAAGAAAAGGUCGGUGACCAUCGGUCGGAACUCUUCUCAGGGAUCGGUGGACGUCAGCAUGGGGCACUCCAGCUUUAUAUCCCGGCGUCACCUCGAAAUUUUCACCGCAGGAGAAGAUGGCACAGGAACGGGGGAAUUCUAUCUCCGGUGCCUUGGAAAGAACGGGGUGUUUGUAGAUGGGGUGUUCCAGAGGAGAGGGGCUCCACCUCUCCAGCUUCCACGAAUGUGCUGCUUCCGCUUCCCCAGCACAAGCAUAAAGAUCACAUUCACAGCCCUGUCUAAUGACAAGAAGGAGCCGAGGAACGUGCCGGAAUCACCGGUCAAGCCCGUCCAGCCCCAGAUCUCCCCGCUGACCAUUAACAUUCCCGACAACAUCGCCCACCUCAUGAGCCCACUGCCCUCACCCACCGGAACCAUCAGCGCUGCGAACUCCUGUCCGUCAAGUCCGCGGGGGGCGGGGCUGUCCAGCUACAGGACGAGCCGCGUUCUCGCCUCCGAACUCAUAGGAGACAACUCCCAAUCAGAAAACGACAAGGAGGCGUCAGGUGAAGACAGUCCAAAGGACGACUCCAAACCACCAUAUUCAUAUGCACAGCUAAUAGUCCAAGCUAUCACCAUGGCUCCAGAUAAGCAGCUCACACUGAAUGGAAUAUACACCCACAUCACCAAGAACUAUCCUUACUACAGAACAGCUGAUAAAGGCUGGCAGAACUCGAUCCGCCACAAUCUGUCCCUGAACCGGUACUUCAUCAAAGUGGCCCGCUCCCAGGAGGAGCCGGGCAAAGGUUCCUUCUGGAGAAUCGACCCCGCCUCGGAGGGCAAGCUGAUAGACCAAGCCUUCAGGAAGCGCAGGCCCAGGGGGGUGCCCUGCUUCCGGACCCCCGUAGGGCCCCUCUCAUCCAGGAGUGCCCCGGCUUCUCCCAACCACACGGGGGCGCUGUCUGCCCACUCCAGUGGCGUCCAGACCCCAGACAGCCUGUCCAGGGAAGGUUCCCCAGUCCCUGUGGAGCCGGAGCCAACCCCACCACCCCCUGCUACAGUCCAGCCCAAACUAGCUGUCAUUCAGGAGGCCCGCUUUGCACAGAACCCAGGCUCCCCCCUUGGCAACCAGCCAGUGCUGAUCGCCGUGCAGCGCCAGAUGCCUCAAACUACCAUGAAGCCUGUGACAUACACCAUGGCAACGCCAGCCAUCGUCGCAACAACGGUCAGCUCCACUCCCGUCAUGCAGACGGUGCACGUCGUCCACCAGAUCCCAGCCGUCACCAUGGCGACCGUUACCGGGCAGCCCACUCCAGCAGCGAGCUCAGAACCUCAGGAGAACGGAGGAGGGGAGCACCAAGAGAUGAAAGUAAAAGUGGAGCCGGUUCCGUCCAUCACAGCUUCCUCUUUAGGUGGAGUCAGCCGCAUCAUCCAAAGCUCUCAGGCUGCUCCGCUGACCACCGUCACCAUCCUGCAGCAAGCCCCGCUGGGGCAGCAUCAGCUCCCGGUGAAGGCCAUCACACAGAACGGGACUCACCUGGUGCCUGUCAGUACCGCUGCCAGCUCAGCGAACCCUCUCCAUCUCCUGGCGGCCCACGCCUCGGCCUCAGCUUCCCUCCCCACCAAGCGGCAGAACGGAGAACUGCAGGAGCCGCCCGAGUCCAAGCGAGUGAAAACGGAGGUGGCCGCCAGCAACAACGGCACCGCGGACGGAGCCGGAGACGGCAGCGACAAGUAGCCCACCCCGCCCUGCUGUCCCCCUCCAGGCUCCACCACGGCCCCUCCCCCUCCAUCCCACCCAGCGUCGUCAUCUUCUCCAAGGUGCCAAAAAGAAAAAGGACUUCAGAAUGUGCAAACCUCCCUCCCACCUUCUCUUCCACAUG